UUUUCAGAUGGAAACAAGGCUUUUACCCCAAAUCAGGUUGCUAACAGUACACAAGGAUGGAUUUAUUUAUGGCACACCUGCAUUGGUAAUGUAGUGUUCAAGGUGGAUUACUGAUCAAUGAAUGCGGAUGGCAGCAAUGCAUUUAACUAUUGGACGAAGUGAUAUUGACUAAAAGUUAUCUGUACAGUUGAAUGAUUACAGUCUAAUUUUUUCUGGAGGACAGACACAAAGAAGAUGGGGGCCGUCAAUAGCUGCUGUAUUCCAAAACAUAUUGACUCGGAUUCAAGCACCCCCAAAAAGAUGGGACACAGGCGGAAUUUGAGUGCAGCGUUUAACAUGUCUGCGAUGAUGGAGGGGGAUGCAGGCCAAAAUCUUUUGAAUAUUAAUUAUGCUACAGAGGAAGAACUAAUGACUUUGCCAGGGAUUAACAGAGCCACAGCUCAGGCAAUUAUUGAGUAUCGAAGAAAAAUUGGUGGUUUUAAGAAAAUUGAGGAUGUGGCUUUAGUGUCUGGUGUUGGUGCAGUGAAAUUGAAUAUAAUUCGAGAUGAAAUUACUCUUUCUAUGAAACGACAAGGUAGUACUGGACCUCCAACAGAAGAAAAUUCUCCAACAGGUAGUCGAUCAGACAUUUCAUUUAGAAGUGAGACAUCUAGAAAAUCUAAUGGAAAAAUCAAUGUGAAUUCAUCUAAUGUGUUCCAGUUAAUGAAAGUGAAAGGCAUUGGACAAGUUCUGGCGGAGAAUAUAGUUACAUAUCGAGACAAAAAAGGACAAUUUAAGGCAAUUGAUGACCUUAUAAAGGUCAAAGGAAUAGGUCCAAAUUUACUCAGUGCAAUAAGAAAUCAACUAAGUCUAGAUGAUUCAGAAAGCUCAAACAAUACUCAACCUAAUGGACAUGUUCCAAGUGAUUCCAUUAACAAUGGCAAUGCAUCUAUUCCUCCCAAACUGUCAAAUAAUGACCAUAAUCAUACCAAUUGUAGGAUAUUAUCAAGCUCAACAGAAAAUAUGCUGGACAUUUUAGAACCUAUUAUCAAAUCGGGUACCCGCCCCAAAGUGACACCUUUCAAUUUCAAACAUAAGAAUCGCUCUGUUGUGAGGGUGGCCUCUUGGAAUGUGGAAAGAUUUGACGAAGAAAAAGCCAACAAUAUAGGAGUCCGAGAAGUCAUCUGUAUGACUAUUCUGGAGAAUGGCUUUGGGGUUGUUGCAUUCCAAGAACUAGCAGAUAAAAAUAGUCUUCAAAAGAUUUGUGAUGAAUUGAACAAUCCCACAAUUACCCAUGUCAUGAAAUGGCCUGGAAUGAGGGGCACCUGGAAGUGUGUAGUUUCCAAGGCAACAGGAAGAAUGUACAGGAGUUUGGAAUAUAAUGGGUUUCUGUAUGACACAUCACAAGGAAUUUCUCUAUCAAGUUCUGCCAAUUUAGAAAAGCCAGCUAGUUCCACUAGAGACUUUGUUCGCAGACCCUUUAUUGGAAUUUUAAAGAUGAAGAAGUUUGACUGUGUAAUGGCUAGUGUCCAUCUGAAGGCUACGGGACUGGACAAUGAGGACUUGGAGAAACUCCAGGCAGAGAUAGACAAUGUACCUAAGGUUGUUAAAGCUAUAGAGGAGCACUACCCAGGAGAGAAGGAUAUUAUACUCCUGGGUGAUUUCAAUUUGGAGCCAGAUUUAGAAGAUUUUGAUUGUUUGCGAGAGAGAGGCUAUACUAAUGCAAUACCUGUGGGAGCUUACACAAAUAUCAGCAAUAAGAAUUUGAAAGGCAGUCGCACCUAUGAUCACAUCUGGAUAACAAAGGAAACAAAGAGUGUAGCCACUGGUAACUCUGGGGUGGUGAGAGAAGGAUUGACCAAUGCUCUUAUUCCCAAUGGCUGGAGCUGGGGAGGAGUGGUUAGUGACCACUGCCCAGUGUGGGUGGAGCUUUACACAAGCAAAGACUUGGACAAAGCUGACCUAAGCAUAGGGGCAGAGGCUAUCAAAUUUACACUGGGAACAGAGGGCUAAUAGAGACAGCUUUGUUACAAUAUGAUACACUGUGAGAUGAAAGUUGAGAUUUAUCAUGUUUAUAAUCUUGCCACAAUUGAAUUUUGUAUACUCUAGGAUAAUUAAUUGUUGGUUUUUGAUAGUUUUCUCAAUGCAUUAAAAAGACUGUGUUCUUGAUUGCUGUGUUUGAGCAAAAUAAUAUGUGUAUCAUGAAUUAAACUUUGUUAUUGAUUUAUAUACAUGUACUGCAGUGUAUGAAACUGAAGAAUACUAGUUUUAAGAAACAAUCUACGAGUACUUGUUAAGACUUAGCAAUAAAAGUGUGUGAAAUAGUUUAUCAAAUCCAGCAUCUGGGCAUUUAUUCACAUUUAAUUAUUUUUUUAUACUGCUUCAACUUGUUGUUUUGAUGGUUGAUUUUGUUUUGUUUUCUAAUCUUACCAAAAUAUUUGUUACAUGUAUCUAGUGCAUGAGGGUAAAUCAGAGAUGUUAAUCUUAUUUUACUUUAAUUUUAUAUAGUAUUUAUGGAAUUUUUUCCCCUUUAAUAUUUUAACAUUAAUUUUUUCAUCAUGUUGACCUGAGUCUGACAACCAUUUUAUUAUACUCUUUGAAAAAUUAUUUAUUAACCAUAAU